AUAUACACUGAUCAUCAGGGCACUGAUGAUCAGUGUAGCCCCAGCAGUGCCAGCUGUCAGUGCCCAUCAAUGCCAGCUGUCAGUGCUCAUCGUGCCACCUGCCAGUGCCCAUCAGUGCCACAUAUCAGUGCCCAUCUGAGCUGCCUCUCAGUGCCGCCUAUCAGUACGCGUGAGUGCCACCUGUCAGUGCCGCCUAUCAGUGCCAUAUAUGAGUGCUGCCUUUCAGUGCCCAUCAGUGAUGCCUGUCAAUGCCCAUCAGUGCCACCUACCACUGCCUCCUCAUCAGUGCCAAUCAGUGCCACCUAUCAGUGUCCAUUAGUGCAGCCUAUCAGUGCCCAUCACUGCAGCCUCAUUAAUGCACAUCAGUGAAGGAGAAAAAUCACUUAUUUGCAAAAUUUUAAAA